AUGCUGAAUGUGAUAACCUGUCGAAGUCGAUUAAGUUUACUCGUUACACCAAGACAACUUCGAUAUAUACGAACCAAAAGUUUAUCAAAUACUAUCUCCACUAUAAAGAAAAAUGCUGAUAAUGCAAUGCAUAUACAGGAGAAGCAAGACAUUGCUGUUUUGAAAAAACAUGACUUCACUGAAGUUGAUAUAAACUCUGGUGUGAAUUCUUGGUUCUUAUCAUAUUUAGCGGUGACAAAUCCGGGCUUCAAGAAAUCAAAGAAGAAUCUUCGAAAAUUAAAGAAACAGAAGGAAACCUCAUUGAAGGAUGUGGUAGAAUACUUACUUCUGGAAUCAGAAAAUGAAAUAAAAAGACUUCAAACCAUGUCUCCCGAAGAAAUUAAUCGUCAUUUUACUCAAAAUAAGGAUAGCGAAAUAUUUGACGAUUCCACGGAUAUAGAAAACCUUGAUGAAAAAAUUAUACAACAAGUGGUUUACGAUGAAAUGAAACCCAAGCUACAUGCAUUGACUAACACAAAUCAUCUUUUAGAUUUAUUAGAGAAGACUUUAUCCGACACAUCAGUUGUCGAUAAAAGUCAAAUUAUUUCCUUAGAUCAAAUGGUACAAGCAUUUGAAUUAUCGAAAUUGAUACCUAAUUUGAAAUACCGUCUCAGAGGACAGUAUCUUACUGGCCAACUAAUCUAUGGACUCAAGAAAGUCAGAUUGGACCCUGGAAAUGAAUCCUUUUACAUUGAUUCUCUUUUACAUUUCAGGAAAUUCAAAACUGCAGCAGCAUUGUUCGAGAGUUAUAAACGUCGUGUCAACGAGCGGUGGUGGUAUGAAGUUGGUAUGAUGAUUUAUUUGAGGAGCAACAAGUUCCAUAAGUUUAAUAAUUUGUAUUUGGAAACAAUGGACACGUUUGGGGAGAAUUAUAUUAGACCUGAUGUCAUACUAUCCGCUAUCAGAAAACUAUUGUUCGUAAGACAUGUGCAAAAGGCCAGACAAUUGACAGAUCAUCUUCUGUCUAUGGUUAAGACCUAUGGUUGGGCGGAAGAUAAUACUAGUGAAGCUGCCGCUGGCGGACGCAGCACAGUUUCAAUGUCGAGGAAUGGGUUUUUAAACUUCAAUUCUUCAGAGGAAGCGAACAGCUUUCUCAAUGAGAAACAAAAAGUUUCGAAGAAAGACUACUUAUCUAUGAUUUCCUCAUAUAUAAUAUAUGGGUUCAGCAAAGAAGGUAUGCAAUUAUUCGCCAAUUUUGAACAGUCUACCAAAAUGGACGGAGUACUAUUCAAUACACUUAUUGUGAAAUUAAGAUUACAAUGGCUCAAAGAGUUUGACUCGUUUGGAAAAGCGUUAGAACCAUAUUUAUCACCAGACGAGGCAACCAAGAAAUUAGAGCAACUAAAGGGUUGGUAUAAUGAUGCAAUGGAAAAACAUAACUUCUCCAAAGUUAGAAAUAGUUUCAGUUACUUGUUGUACGGUAAUGUGAACGAUUUGGUUAGAUUUAGACGUGUUUCCGAUGUAUUACAGCAAUACUUACUAGAAUUCUUUUCUGCGGAAUCUGAUGAGCAAAACUUAGAGUUUAAAUCUAAAAAGCUACAAAUGAUCAUAAAGCUGCUUCUCAUCGGUGAUCGUGAGGAUGCUGCAUUAAAAUUACUAUCAAAGUUAGAAGAAGCAAAGAAAGAAGAAGCGAACAAAGAUGUAGUCAAAAAAGGCGCAUCAGUUUAUCCUCCAGUAAAUUCUCACCAUUAUUUUCUUUUCACCGAGUACUAUCGAAACAAGUCGAAUAGAACAGCCGAGCUUAAGGUGGAACAGAUGAUCCAGCGUGCUAAUGAAAACAAAGUGAAACUCAAUUCGUUGUUGUUAUUGUCAUUACUUAGACAUUUUUUCUGCCAGGAGAGAUAUGAAGAUUGUAUCGUUCUAAUUAAUAGAUUUUUCUCCACUUCAGAGUCUCUUGGGUCAAAGUCUUGCGAAAUACCUCCACGAAAAUUGUACAAAGAGAUCUGGAAAGUAUACCGAGGAUACUAUAGACUAAUAAAUUGUAAACUAAGAGGCAGUGAUAACUGGAUACACACUACGGUACAGAAACGAAAAGACAUCAAAAGUAGACUUGAUUAUAAGAUGUUCGAUGUUUUUAAUAAGAUGACUAUCGAGCACGGAACUCUUUUGAACUAUGAACUUGUAAAUAUAGUUAUAAGCGCAUUCACCGCUAAUAAAGAAUGGAAUAAUCUAUUUGCUGUUCUAUGUUACAUGCAUGACGUUCAGAUGUUGAACAUUACCCCUUCCAGGGUAGAAUAUGUUAGGAAAGGGUUAAGGAAAGAUUAUAUUGAACAACUAAAGAUGAAGUUGGAAAAGCGUGACACACUUGACACUGAAUUAGUCAGAUCUCUACGCUUUAAAUUAAAAGAAAUAGAAGACAAAAGAGCCCUCAACAACCUAAAACUCGCUGGCAUAGAUGACGAGGAGAACUUCCAAAAUUUAUUGGCCGAUCUAAUGGAAUAUUUACGAUUGAUCAACUAUAGCAAAGAUCAAUUGAAUGAGAAGUUACAGCAAUUAGGGUUGAAUCCGAAUGAUUUGAAGUUUCACAGAUACGUUGAAUGA